AUGCAGUGGUCCAUCGUCAUUCUACUCACUGCAAUUGCACUAGUUGGAGCCAUUGCGCAGUCCACGGGCCAAGUGGUGGGCAUCCUUGUCGGUGCGGGGUGCAAAUUCUCCAACUAUUCAGCACUACCGAAAGCAACUACAACUGAACCUUCCUACCGUCUACAGCUAAAUCCUGGACUUGGCAAGGGCAUCUACGUGCUGCACUUCAAACAAUUUAACCUCCCAGAAGCCGAUAUGCUGAUUAUCAGAGGCUCCGAUGCCACUUCACCCCCUGUGGCAGCAUUGUCGGGGAAAAACGCAACGGGCAAAUUCUACUCCACGGGGAUCGCUGGGUCCGGCGUCACGCUGGAGCUGAUCAAAGCCUCAGCUCCAGAGAAAGCCAAUUCGACUUCUUGCAGAGGCUUCACAGUCGAUGAAGUGUUAUUCUCUCCGAAGGAGCUAGUGGCGGAAGUUAAGCAUCUACAAGGUGCAGUUAAAGUGCCUUUGAUAAGCACGGCUAACGCGACAGACUCAAAAGACGACUUCAACAAGGAGAGUGUGUGUGGCACGGACGAGUCGGUCGAAGCUGCUUGUGCUCCUAGCUCGACAAACAGCGAGGAAGGAGCUGUUAUGUUGCUUAAGUCUCAGCCGGUAGCACGCUUGUCAAUUAUAAAGGAGAACGGAAUGGAGAUCGCCUAUUGUACGGGCUGGCUGAUCGGUUGUGAGGGUCACAUGAUCACUAACCAACACUGUAUCAGUACCGACCAAGACGCGCUAAACACUAAAGUGGAGUUUUUUGCGGAGUCCGAGAGCUGUGGCGGCAGUGAAACGUGUGAUACGCGUGGAGGUUGUCCUGGAUCUGCUGGAGUGACCGGUACUACGCUUGUAGCAGUGUCGGAGGAUUUGGACUACGCACUUGUCCGUCUUGGAGUCAACAUGACCUUAACGAACUUCUCCAAGCUGUACGAGAAGACGGGGUAUCUGCGGUUCCGUGGCUCCGGGGCAGUCUUAAAUGAGGACAUCUACAUCCCGCAGCACCCGUUGGGCUACGGCAAGCGUAUUGCGUGGCUCUACAAUGGCCAACCUGGUCGUGUCGAGUCGCUUACAGUCACAGAGUGCCGCGAUGACGAUGUGGGCUACUACGUCGACACUCAAGAAGGAUCGUCUGGGUCGCCGAUCAUUGCAACGAGUGACAACAACGUGCUCGCGUUGCAUCAUUGUGGCGGGUGUUUGAAUGGAGGUAUUCCCGCUCAGUCGAUCAUUAAAGAUCUGACCAGUAAGGGCGUCCUACCAAACUGUUCUAUUGCUGUUGCAGGGGAGAGCAACACGACUAAAACGCUGUAA